AUGCCUGCUGAACGUCAAAUUGCGCUCCCGAGCGACCAUCUUUCGCUGAAGGAUGCCGACCCCGAAAUUUACGAGCUCCUCCAGGAGGAGCGCCAGCGUCAGCGGGAUUCCAUCAAUUUGAUCGCAUCGGAGAACUUCGCCAGCAUUGCAUGUAUGGAGGCCACCGGUUCCGCGUUCACCAACAAGUACGCCGAGGGCUACCCCGGGCGCCGCUACUACGGCGGGUGCGAAGUGAUCGACAAGAUGGAGACUUUGUGCAUCCAGAGGGCGCUUAAGGCGUUCCACCUGGACGAGGAGGAGUGGGGAGUGAACGUGCAGCCCCUGUCAGGAAGCCCUGCCAACAUGGAGGUCUACGUGGCCCUGCUUGAACCCCAUGACAAGAUUAUGGGCCUUCGUCUGGCCUCUGGCGGCCACUUGACCCACGGUUUCCACGUGGGUAAGAGGAAGAUCUCUGCGUCGUCGAUCAUGUUCACGCCGCUGCUCUACGACAUUGACCAGAAGACUGGCCUGCUGGACUACGACCAGCUCGAGGCGCUCGCCAAGGCGUACAGCCCGCGUCUGAUCAUCGCCGGCGCCUCCUGCUACAGCCGUUACUGGGACUACAAGCGGUGCCGCGAGAUCGCCGACAGCGUGGGCGCGUACCUGAUGGCCGACAUCGCCCACAUUGCGGGUCUGAUCGCCGCCGAGGAGCACCCGUCUCCGUUCGAGUACUGCCACGUGGUGACCUCAACUACGCACAAAACCCUGAAGGGCCCGCGUUCCGGUUUGAUCUUCUACAACAAGAAGUUGGACCCCACCAUCGGCGACAAGAUCAACGCCGCAGUCUUCCCCGCGAUGCAGGGCGGUCCUCACAACAACACCAUCGCCGGUCUGGCCGUUCAGCUGAAGACUGUGAUGUCCCCUGAGUGGAAGGUGUACGUGAAGAAGGUCAUCGAGAACGCACGCGCCCUGGCGUCCGAGUGCCAGAAACGCGGCUUCGAGAUCGUCACCGGCGGCACCGACAACCACACGGUGAUCGUGAACGUCAAGCCCUUCGGCGUGAACGGAAACAAGGUCGAGCACAUCUGCAACGCCAGCGGCAUCACCUUGAACACGGCCACCGUGCCCGGAGACACCACCAUGCUGAACCCGUCCGGAGUGCGCCUGGGCAGCCCCGCCAUGACAUCCCGCGGCGCCACCCCCCAAGACAUGGCCGUCAUCGCCGAGUUCAUCCUCGAGGCCACGCGCAUCGCUCAAUCGCUGCAAGAGGCUCACGGCGCCAAAAUGGACGCUUUCAAGGCCGGCGCAGCUGGCGACGAGCGCGUUGCCGAGCUCCGCCGCAAGGUCACGGAGUGGGUCCGCGAGUUCCCGAUCAUCGGUUAA